CAACUGGUCUCCACAUGCUAUUUCUGCUACUUUCUGCUGUAAACUAACUUGCUAAAUCUGUUUGGGGAAAUUUCCGCAUCUUCUUCUCCUAUAACCUCCAUCGCCCAUCACAGCAAUACAGAAUCAUACUCCGUCCCGGCCAGCAGCACUAAACAGGCUUUGUUCAAUAUGAAUCCAUCAACAUUUCACGCUUCAUUGCGGGAACAGUGUUUACGGAGCAACACAGUAUUUGACACCGGAGAAGUCGGCUCAGACUUCCUAUUAAGGUUCCAAAUCGCAGACACCCGAAUAUGUCUCGUAGUAACGGCUUUAGUUACGCCUAUAUAGUUAUGGUUUUCAACUGCAUUUUGCUGUGAUUUUAAAGAAUUUUGAUAUUCAUUCCUGUUUCACGCAUAAUCAUGUUGAAUAAUCCUAUGAGAAAAGCAUAUCGAAAUUUACUGAUAUGACAAUUGAGAAACCUGUAAUAUUGAACAAUUUCAUGUUAGAAGUUCUUAAAAACACGUUUAUCCAACAAUGGUGGUCAUCUCACUUAAAAGCAUUUAAAAAGCGUUACCAAUUGCAACAAGCAACACUUUGCAUCUAUUUAGGUAUGUACUGUUUGGCUUUCAUGAAUGUAGAAAGUAGACUUGAGUCUGCACAGUGUUCUGCAAAUCAUUAAAUAAGCUAGUUCAUCUUACUUGGUGUGCUCCAAAAGAUGGACAUCACACUAUCAGUAAUCUUUCUUGUUUCUUGUAAUGGCUAUGAAUUUUUUAUUUUCCAAUUGUUGAUGUACCAAAUAAAUGUUCAUGAUAUAGUAAUCUCUGUCCAAAGUAGAGUCCCAUUUCAGAAACUACCUUGACUUUUUUCUACAUUGUUAUUUCAACAAAUAAAUCUACUUCUUGGAAAAUAGUAUUGAACUAAUUACUUAUACUAUCCUAGUUAAAUAAAAAAUAAACUGAAAAGUAUAAGUGGGUUGAUGAUUUAUAAAGUUCGUACAUUACCAAAAUUAAAAGGUGUUACAUUGGCGAAACAUGACUUUUUUGGGUGAUAGAGGUAGCACUAAAUACCAUCCAACUAAUUCAACAUUUCCAGGUAAAUUAGUUGAACCUCAUCAUACUUGGAGAGUGAUUGCAUAUGGUUAAAACUUAAAAAUGGAUUCUUUGUGCUCACAAGCAGUAAGCUUUCUGGUAAGUACAUUAUUGAUUUGUCUAGUGACAUGUAACAUGCUUUAAUUGUAUCUCUAACUCAAAAUGCUAGAGGAGUAAUGUGAUGCUAUAGAUCCAAGAUUUUUUUAAAGUAAUUAAAUGGACAUAUAUAUCUUUUACUAUCCCAAGUGGCAUUUUGUUAUUGGAAUGAUAUCCUACAAUUUUUCUCUCAAAUGGUAGUCACUAUUAAUUUUCUACCCCGAAGGACUGUAGUUUGAUGAGGGCAGUCAUGUCUUCAGGAAAGAAAUGCAUGCCACAGGGUAUUAUACACAAUGCAUACAUAAAUCCACACACAACAGUGUACUUAAACUACUUAAAAUGUCUUGAAUUUUGAGUAUAAAAAGGUAUUUAAGGACAUACAAGAAGUAUUUUAGCAAAUUGAUCCUGAUAUGCUUUACCUCAGAUAGUGAAGCUGAGAAUGUCCGUCUAGUGCUGCUUAUUAUAACUUACAGCAGUACGGAAUGUUGCUGCUUACUACUACUAUGGAUUUAUCUGUUCAGUGUGGAAUGAAAGGAGUUUUACAGUCUAAGAUGGAAUUGAUGGUAAGCUAGGCAAAUCAAUAAAUUUGAUCAUUCCGACAAUUUGGAAUAUAUUAACAAUUCCCCGAUAUGCUUCUUAAUUAGGACCUGCAUACUUUGAACUUCUAUUCUUUAUUAUAGAAAGAGUAUUUCUUUCUAUAAAUGAAUGCAACCAUUAACUUUUGUUUAUCUUCACUUUUUUUUAUCUUCACUUUGAGUGGACAAAGUUAAUAGUUUUCUUUUGUUUUUACUUCAUAGUUGUAAAAAUCCCAACACCAAUAUGGUAUAAAAAUCACUUAUUAACUUUUGUUUUUACACAAGAAACUUAUAAAAACAAGAAACAUCAUAAGGUCAGUACAAAGUUCUCUGUAUAAAAAUAAAGUUAUCCCAAGUGCUCAUAAUAAUAGCAUUUUUUUCCUUUCCAGCUUGUGUGCGUAAAUUAAUAGUCUAAUAAUCUCAGUUUUUUUGCAUAUUGUGGCCACUGGCCAAUACCCUCAUAAAGAAGAAACAGAAAGUGCAUAUCAACCUCCUCCGUAUUCACUAUCUUUUCCUGCACACCAAAAGUCUAAUUUAAAGAUUCAGAUCUGAUCGUCUUAUUUAAAAUUAUUCAGAACUUCUUUAUUAGGCCUUAUCUUGGACUUUGAUCGAUCUUUAUUCUGUCAUUUUGAACUUGUGACUGCAUCACACACUUCAUUACCAGCAUGUCUGCGGUGAAGGUAUCCUCUUUUGAUCCCCAGUUGGAACUUCCAUUGGCCCUACUGACAUGUGUUGUUGAGUUUGGUCCACUACUCCACUCUUUACGUUUUUGCAUGUAAGGUUGAUUUUACAAGAAUGAAAAGGAAUGGAUUCCUGGACCUUCUAAGCCACUCACAAUCUUAUUGACAUGUAUUUUUGAAGUGGUAACUAGGGCAAAAUGUAGGGAUUGAGAAACAGUAUUUGCCUUUAUCCUUUAUAAAAGAAUUAAGAAAUAAUGUUCUUUUAUAUCCACUAUUAUUUAAACUAUUACAAGUUGCAUCAUUUUUGUACUUCCCCAAAGUUCCAGGAAGUGAAACUAUUGAUGCUUUGGCAGUUGUAGCGAAUUAGGAACUGAAACUUGUAGCUCCACUGCUCCAGUUUAUUCUGAUAACCUAUUUUCUGUAUAUAAGACAUACAUUCCGAUUUCCAACAAGGCAACAAUGUUACUUACUCCCUCCAUCCCAUUGGACUUUGCCAACUUUCCUUUUUUGGUUGUCCCAAAAAGCUUUGCCACUUUCCUAUUAAAGCAACUAAUUUGUGCUUCUGCACAUUUCUCUCUCCUCUGCACAAAUUUCAACCACAUAGUUUUUACCUUUUCUUAUUUCUCAUCUACUUUGCACUUGGCAAAGUCCACCGGGACAGAGGUAGUAUAUUGUUUGAGAUAUAAGGCCUACAUUGUGCAUUACGCUUAAAUGAUACAUAUAUUGUUUGUAAUGUUACGUAGAGUUAACAAUGGUACUUAAAUUGGUUCUUUGAUGCCAUUCUGGGAAACGUUAAUGCUUCAUUAUGCAGAUUGUGACACCCCAAGACACAUGUCUUUCCCCCACUGAAAUAUCAUUUAUAAUUUAUUCUUUCAAGGAUAAGUUUGCAUUGGAGCGUCAAUCUUAUAUUAAGAAAAAGAUCGAGGACAAAACAAGUGAGUUGGCUGGUGUAACUAGAGGUAUUUACAAGUUGGCAACUAGAAGAACAGAUCCCCAGAUUCUCUCUGGUAAUGGAAUUGUAGAUAUACUAUCAAAGAGGCAGAAAGAUGCUAUUGAUAUGCAAAAUGGUAUUGCUACUAGCGACAGAAAUGACAAUAUUAGCUGUGAGGAUGAUGGUUAUGCGUCUGUAGUUCUUCUAGGGUCCAGCAUUGCUGACAAGAAAUAUGUUCGUCCUAUUGUACUUCCAAAAGUGGAAAAACUACCUCACUUCACUACCUGGACUUUUCUACGUAGAAACCAGAGGAUGACUGAGGAUCAAUCGGUGUUAGGCCGCAGAAGAAUCUAUUAUGACCAGAUUGAUGGUGAAGCUCUAAUUUGCAGCGAUAGUGAGGAAGAAAGAAUUGAAAAGGAAGAAGAAAAGGAAUUUGUGGACUCUGAAGACUAUAUUCUGCGAAUGACUGUUGAAGAGGCUGGAUUGUCAGAUAUGGUGUUGCAUUUGCUUGCCAACCACUUUUCUAGAAAGCCCAGUGAAGUAAAGGCAAGAUAUGAAUAUCUGAUCAAGGAAGAAGCUACUUCUAAAAAUGAAAACUCUGAAGUAACUCUGGUUUCAUAUCUGGACAGUGAUCUUGAUGCAGCUCUGGAUUCAUUUGACAAUCUAUUUUGCCGGAGAUGUUUUGUAAGCAACAAUAAUUGAUACUUGCUUCUCUUGCAUUCUGGGAAGUGAAUUCUAAGGUCAUGAGUAGUAUAGUCUCUCUAAUGGAUUUACAAUAGGUCGUGGGUUUUAGUGUGCAGUGUGUCAUAAUCUCAUUAUCCCUUCAAAUCCCUAUUGUGUUAGGGCCAGAAGCAUUAAAUUUGUAGUCUCAAUUAAUAAUCUUGAAUUUGUAUUUUGUGAACACUCUAUAUUCAUGCAUAAAAGCACAGUAGCAAAGUUGUGCGCUGGAUGUCAUCCUGUUGCAAGUUGCAACCAUGAGAUGAAAUUCCAAAUCAACAUCAUCACAGAUUUGUUUUCACUUGCAUGAUAAAAUAUCAUGAUAAAGACAAUGAAUUCAAAUAGUUUCGAUCAUGCAUGACUUCCUGUCUCAUUCUGAAGAAUCCUUCUGAUCCUUAAUUAUUACAGGAUCGGCCCCUACCAUUAUUAUUAGAGCAUCUCCAAUGUGCAAGGUGCACACGUGGCAUGAAAGAGACACACAUAAAAAUAAAUCAUUGACAUUUCUCUUUCCUUCUUUUCACGGUUUUACAUAAUUUUGGUAAUAAUGUCAACCUCAAUGUCUACAUCUAGACAUUCUUCUUGACAUUGUGGAAAAAAACUUACCAAAAACAUAUAAGAUUAUUCAAAUAAGGAGAAAGAUAUUUGCUUACUAAUAUUUGUUUGUCUAUCUCUCUUAUGCCACAUGUGCACCAUGCACAUUGUGGCAUUGGAGAUGCUCUUAUAAUGCAUUAUGAUACUAGUUCUUCAAAAAGAGCUAUCACAUGACCGUCCUAGAAUAUGAUACCACUAAAAUCAUUCCAUUGGCCCAAAACAUGCUGCUUUCUUGUACUCAACUACUCAUUUCGAAAUAUGCCCUCAAUAUAAAGCCAGUGCUUAACUUGUUAUGAUAUAUCUGUUAUGUACAUUAUUUGAAAACCGAAUGAUUGCAGAGAACUCUCCUGGACCUUACUGAAAGUUGGUACUUAAUGGGACAUGUGCUAUUCACUUUUGUGAUGGCACCUACUCUUUAAUAUUUAGAUGACAUGAUUUUUUAAUUACCUCCCAUACCUUCAUAUACCCAGCUUAAUUGUCUAUAGUUGAUACGCAAAUUAUAUCGUACAACCGGUUGUACCUUGUGCACGGUAUAGUCGGGCUUUUAAUUUGCAGAUCGCAGUUUGCAGUUCGUUCUCGCUGCUCGCCCUUCGCCCGCCGCCGUACACAGAUGACGACUCGCCACUCGCAAUCCUCCAGCACGAAUGCAGCACCUCAAACUCCGGCUUGAGCCGAGACGACGGCUCCGCCGGGUGUAUAGCGCUUGUUUCCUCUUCUCCCUCUUCUUUGCACUCUUUUCCUUUUUCUCUUUUUCUUACGCAGGUAUGGUGAGUUUGGUCACUUGUUGGCCACAGGUUAGGAAAAACUUAAGUCAUAAGUAGUUUUACAGAUAUGAGCAUACACAAAUGAAUUCUGAGCAUAAUAGACAUUUUAAAUGAGCUUUUUGACUUUUUUCAAUUCUCAUUUCGUAAUUUAUGCAUGCUCAUUUGAUAUUGGCGUAAUACUCAUUUUAAAAUGUCAUAUUCAUGCAUAUUUCAAAAGUAUAAUAUUACAACAAAUUCACAUAUUGGAUUCAUACAAGUUCAUUGUAGAUAUUUUAAAAAAUAAGAAAAAAAUGAAUUAUAAGAUAGGAAAUCAAUAUCUCGAUGCUCAUUAUUAGACUCUCAAUACUCAGUAGAAUAGAUCUGAUACUCAUUAAAUGUGCAGUAAUGCUUAUUUAGCGGAAAUCGCGAAUUUCUCUUAAAUUACCAAAAUGCCACCAGUUGUACGGUAUACGGACUCAUAGUUGAUGCCCCAUUGCAAUGUUGAUAUAGUAAAAUCAAAACACACAUCAUGGAACAUGACCAUGUUCUAGUGCAUGGGUCUGACUUUGGUUAUUUCAGCUUUCAUAUCUUAUCCUAAAUUUACUUAUUUCCUCCCAUCGGCUGUAGGUAUUUGAUUGUCAAUUACAUGGGUGCUCACAGGAUAUUAUUUUUCCGGCUGAAAAACAACCCCCUUGGUUAUGUGCUGAUGCAAAUGAGGGACCUUGUGGCCUUGAUUGUUAUCUUGCAGUCAUCAAUCAAAAAAGCAAACCCAAUUUGGCAUCUCACGAAAUAGUUAUUCAUGAAGAAGACUGUAUUCUGUCACCCGAAGAAUCUAGCACGGAAGUCCCAUGGAAUGUGAACGUAAAAAAGGAAUCAUGUAAAAACAGAGGUGACAGCCAGAGCAGCAAGUGGAUGCUUACACAAGCUCAUGUUGCCGGAGAGAAGAGACCAAAGAAAAUGAUAUCUUCUAGAUCUUACUCUCUUAGAAAUUCAAGCUCGAAGGGUUUGUGUCUACCUUCACAUACACAAAUCGAUGAUGCCAUUUUAUCUAGCAAGAAAGAAUCUUCAGUUCCUAAGUCCAUUAAUUCUUUGCUGGAAGCUGCUGCUGGAAUAAAUCUGAAUGAACCUGUAAAUUAUCAACCCAUGACUAGUGAUUAUGAAACUGCAAAAGAAGAUGCAUUUUUAGAUGAACAUACUUCGAAGAUAGAAGGAUGCAGCAAUAAUGUUUGGAGGCCGCUUGAAAAGGCUCUCUUUGAAAAGGGUCUAGAGAUCUUUGGUAGAAGCAGCUGUUUGAUUGCUCGUAAUCUCAUGAAUGGUCUGAGGUCAUGCUUAGAGGUUUUUCAGUAUAUGAACCUGCCUGAUAAUAAGACACCCAGUCAAUCAAACAUUGGUAUUGAAGUCGUGGGAAAUGAGGAACAGAAAAAACCAAGAUAUGCAUGCCGAAGAGGUAGAGUUCGUCGCUUAAAACAUACAUGUAGAUCAGGUGGACAUCAUUCGAUAAGGAAGCGUAUAUCUGAGAAGAAGGAGGAACUUGAAAAGCACUAUACUCCUUGCAAUUGUCAAUCUCACUGUGGAAAGAAUUGUCCUUGCAGUGUAAAAUCAGGCAGCUGCGAAAAAUUCUGCGGAUGCUCAAAGAAUUGCCUGCUACGAUUCCGAGGGUGUCACUGUUCAAAAAGUCAGUGCACAGCUGAUGAUUGUCCAUGCUAUGCAGCUCUAAGAGAAUGCGAUCCUGAUAUUUGCCAUAAUUGCUGGGUUGGUUGUGGUGAUGGUUCUAUUGGGGUUCAUCCGCCAAGAGUCUCAAAUCACAAAUGCAUGAAUAUGAAAUUACUUCUGAGACAACAUCAAAAGGUUCUUCUUGGAAAAUCUAGUAUAGUUGGAUGGGGAGCUUUCUUAAAGGAUAGUGUAAAAAAGAAUGAUUUCCUCGGGGAGUACACUGGUGAAGUAAUCUCGCACUUUGAAGCUGAUAAGCGUGGCAAAGUCUAUGAUCGUGAAAAUUAUUCAUUCCUCUUCAAUCUCAAUGAUAUGCUUGUUGUUGAUGCUUACAGAAAGGGAAACAAAUUGAAGUUUGCCAAUCAUUCACUUCAACCAAACUGUGUUGCAAAGGUGAUCAUGGUAGGAGGAGAUCACAGGAUUGGCAUAUAUGCUUUGACACCAAUAAAUUCUGGAGAUGAACUGCUUUAUGAUUACCGAUAUGACCCUGAAAACUGUCCUGCCUGGGCAAAGGAUCUUAUGGGGUCCACCUGUUCUAAGAAGGGUGAUGCUCGACCUUCAGGCAGUCGUGCUAAGAAGCAUACAUGAGGGUGGUCAAUCUUUCAGCCAUUUCCCACACAAAACAUGUUUUUUUCAUUGCCAGAGACGACUCAUAAUAGUCAAUCUUAGUAUGACUAAUCAUACUCUCUUGAUUUAUUUUUGGAUUAGACAACUGCAUUCCAUUUAUUUUGAUCACCAGGCAAGAACAAGAAAUUCAUGCUUGGUAGGUUCCUUUCGUAUCAUUGGAUGUGCGUGUGUUCAAACGCCAGCAGAAUCUGCAUUCUUUUCUUGUGAACUAUAUUAUCUUAUGUGGGAUUUCCCAUCAUUUAAUUCUUGGCACUCUCUACCCUUGCAA